UAAAUAAAAUCUUCGGUAUAAUUCCACCGCUGCGACGAGAGAGGAGCACAGACACAGAGAGAUCUCUCUCGUUUCGUUUUAUUUUCCCGGAAAAUCUGGGAAAAAAAAACUUAAGCAACCAUCGAUCCUCUGAGGAACAAAAAAAAAAAAACUCGACUCUCUAGUCCACCAAUUUUUUUUUUCCCCUUUUCACCUCUCUCUUCUCAUCAUCGUCUCUUCGUCAUUUCCUGUAAUUUUCACUUUUUCUCCCCUUUUUUUUUGAAUCUCUCCUCUUCCUUCACCGUUUCUUUUACUUGAUGAUAAAUUUUUUGAUCAGAUCUAGUGUAGAAGAAGAAUAGGUAGGAUUGUAAUUUUGUAGGGAAGAGAUUAUUAUGUAUAUGGAUCGAGAGAGAAGGAGUUCAUCAUCUUCUUUAUCUAGUCGUAAUGGGACACCUGAAUAUAGCAAUGGAAAAUUCAGAGAUGAUAAUAAUGGUUACGGAGGAUUCUUAGAUCGAUUGGAGAAUUCAAAUUCACGUGAGGACAAGAGUCCUACUAGAUCGAAGAUCCUCCGGAUCCCGUCUCCAAACUCGUCUCCUCCUCCUUCUAGCUCUUCACCUCCAUUUCAUGGUUCCAAUUCCCCUGACCGUGGUGGUUACAUCGAACACCGCGUCUCCAAGUACGAUACUCUCGCCGGCAUUGCUAUUAAAUACGGUGUUGAGGUUGCAGAUGUGAAAAAGAUGAAUAAUCUUGUUACUGAUCUUCAAAUGUUUGCUCUCAACUCUCUUCAUAUUCCUUUACCUGGGAGACAUCCUCCUUCUCCUUGUUUGUCUAAUGGCUCCUUACACCAUGGAGAGGGGUGUUCAUGCCACGAACCGGAAUCACCAAACCAUAGCAACGAGGACGUCUUUGAUUCGUUUCAGUCUCUGAGAUUGAAAUCAUCUGAGAAGAAAGUCUCUCCAGCCAUGUACUCACUGCAAGGUUAUUACGGGCUAAAACCAGCAGACAGAACAGUCUCUGAUGGAGGAUGUUUCGAGAUGGGAAAUUACAAGACCGAAACUUCUCGUCAUAAUAAUCAAUAUCUCAGACCUUUCCCGUCCACAAAUGCUCCCUUGAAUCACCAUAGGAAAUCUAGAAGCUUGGUCAAUGCACUUAUCGAAGAGGUUAACCAAUCACCGGAGAAUAACUCUCAAGAACAGAACUCCGACAAGUUGUUUAUGAGGAGACGCCAAAAAUCUGAAGCCGACUUUACAUCCCGGACUCCAGAGCUUGUGUUGAAAGAAGAGAACGGUAGCAGCAAUGGCGGGUUUUUAUCAAUAGCUGGAAAAGGCUUAGCUUUGAGAUCAAAAGCUUCAAGCAGAACCAAUCUAGCAGAAUAUGAGAACAGUAAUUUCAGUCCGGUAGCAAUCAACUUGAUGGAUGCUCCAGUUUCAGACAGCUUUAGCAGUGUAAGAAAAUCUUCGAGUGCUUCGAGUCUACAAGAUCCAGACGGUAACAGCAGUAACGGUUCGUUGUCUCUGUGGCCAACUUCAAAAUGGAGCUUAAAACCUGAUUUGCUUACACCAGCGGCUAUAACAAGCUCAAUCUUUGAUGGAUUACCAAAGCCUUUAACAGGUCGGAGAAACAAAACGGCUCUGGACUAAAAAAGGUCAGUUUAUCGUUAUUUAACUGCCUUAUUCUUUUUUUUGGGGGACUAUACGAAUCAAUUGCAAAAGAAGCUAUUUUAGCUUAAUGCCGAGUAAAUACAAGUAAAGAGAGAUUAGAGAAAAUUUGAAGGAAGGAAGAAAAAAAAAAACUUCCAAAAUUGAAAUUUAUAAAGAAGGAAGAAGCUUCUGAUGAUGUAAUGAUUGGGUUUUUUUUUUUUUGUAAGUUAUAAAAGUUAUGCUGUACCAUUUUCUGGGUGGGGGUUGUAUUGUAUCGACGACAAUAUCCUUAGCGUAGUUAAAAAUCUUUUUAUUUCAUGAUACAUUUGUCACACAUACUAAAUUGUAUUUUCAUGCAUUUAUUUAAUAAUGCUUUUAUUAAAGUGCAAA